AUGCAUUUCGUUGUUCAAUUAAAAUACUUUCCUUCCUUCCUUCCUUCCUUCCUUCCUUCUAUGCUUUUUACCUUACUUUUUCACUUCCUUCAUUUCACAUUUUAUUUCGGCCUUUCGUUUCUUAAUCUCUUUCUCAGUCUAUUAUUCAUCUAUCUAUCUAUCUAUCUAUCUAUCUAUCUAUCUAUCUAUCUAUCUAUCUAUCUAUCAAGAGUUUUUUUUUUCAGUUUAUUUUCCUAUCCAAGUGUCCAUAUUUCUAAUUUUAUCUAUCUAUCUAUCUAUCUAUCUAUCUAUCUAUCUAUCUAUCUAUCUAUCUAUCUAUCUAUCUCAGUGUGUUCUUUAUCUAUCUAUCUAUCUAUCUAUCUAUCUAUCUAUCUAUCUAUCUAUCAAGAGUUUUUUUUUCAGUUUAUUUUCCUAUACAAGUGUCUAUAUUUCCAAUUUUAUCUAUCUAUCUAUCUAUCUAUCUAUCUAUCUAUCUAUCUAUCUAUCUAUCUGUUUAGUUCUGUUUAUAUCUAUCUAUUUAAAACAUUUGUAGAUCUCUAUCACAUUCUUUCUAAACACUAUUUCUAUCUAUCUAUCUAUCUAUCUAUCUAUCUAUCUAUCUAUAUAUGUAUUAGUAAAUACAUGACCGAAAAGAAAUUUUGUGGAAAGAAUUUUGAUACAUUUCAUCAUUUAAAAGAAAGAGGGAGUAGUUGUAUAUCGCUAUCAAUUAUUUGCCUUACGAUAGCAUAUUGCGAGCAUAUUUCUCGCGAUUGCUCUUUCACUAUCUAUCUAUCUAUCUAUCUAUCUAUCUAUCUAUCUAUUCCGUCCGUUUAUCUUUCUUGCCACCCCUUCCUCCUCCUCUGCCCGCUUCUACUCCUCCUUCUCUUCUUCCUCAUUUUCCUACUACCACCACUUCUGCUCUCUUUCCUUCUUCAAUUUGUUUAUCUUCCUCUUUCGCUACUAUGUGAUAUUUUAAUUCGUCUUCACUUCCACUUCUCUUCUUAUUUACUUGCUUUCUUCCCCACUCUUCUUUAA